AUGGCAGCCUUCCAGCUACAGGAGUGUGAGGCCAGCCCAGAUUGGCAAGCUGGGGGCUCCAGGCCCUGGACCAGUAUUCUGGACUGGGACUCAGUGAACUUUGAGGAGGUAGAAUUCCCUAAGGGACACCUGGACCGACGGUGGCGGAGGGGCGCAUGGGUCUCCCCGCCAAGCUGUGGGGUAGGGGAUGGUGGACGUGAGAACUUCCAGCUCAGCGGUGCUUUAGGAGAUUUUGAUUCGCUUUCCAAGGACAAUGUCUUCGAGAAUAACCGUUUGGCCUUUGAAGUGGCUGAGAAGGAGCUGGGGAUCCCUGCUCUCCUGGACCCCAGUGACAUGGUCUCCAUGAGCGUCCCUGACUGCCUCAGCAUCAUGACCUAUGUGUCCCAGUAUUACAACCACUUCUCCAGUCCUGGCCAAGCUGGUGUCUCACCACCCAGAAAGGGCCUGGCACCCUGUUCCCCGCCAUCUGUAGCACCCACUUCAGCGGAACCGGAAGAUGUGGCUCAGGGCGAGGAGCUCUCCUCAGGCAGCCUGUCAGAGCAGGCCACCGGCCAGACCCCCAGCAGCACGUGCGCGGCCUGCCAGCAGCAUGUGCACUUGGUACAGCGCUACCUGGCUGACGGCAGGUUGUACCACCGCCACUGCUUCCGGUGUCGGCGGUGCUCCAGCACCCUGCUCCCUGGGGCUUAUGAGAAUGGGCCUGAGGAGGGCACCUUUGUGUGUGCAGAACACUGUGCCAGGCUGGGCCCGGGGACGCGGUCAGGGACCAGGCCUGGGCCUUUCUCACAGCCAAAGCAGCAGCACCAGCAGCAACUUGCAGAAGAUGCCAGGGAUGUUCCAGGAGGCAGCCCCAGCUCCAGUGCUCCUGCAGGGGCUGAGGCUGAUGGACCCAAGGCCAGCCCUGAGGCCCGGCCCCAGAUCCCUACCAAACCCCGGGUUCCUGGCAAACCACAGGAGCUGGCUAGCACCCCUGCAGGCCGCCCCACCCCCGCCCCCAGGAAGGCCUCCGAGAGCAUCGCCCCAGCACCCCCCACGCCCCGGCCCCGCUCCAGUCUGCAGCAGGAGAACCUGGUGGAGCAGGCUGGUGGCAGCAGCCUCGUGAACGGAAGACUGCACGAACCGCCUGUCCCCAAGCCGAGGGGGACACCGAAGCCAUCUGAGGGGACACCAGCCCCCAGGAAGGACCCCCCAUGGAUCACGCUGGUGCAGGCGGAACCAAAGAAGAAGCCAGCCCCACUUCCCCCAAGCAGCAGCCCUGGGCCACCAAGCCAGGACAGUAGGCAGGUGGAGAAUGGAGGCACUGAGGAGGUGGCCCAGCCAAGCCCAGCGGCCAGCCUGGAGCCCAAACCCUAUAACCCUUUUGAGGAGGAGGAGGAGGAGGAAGAGGCUCCGGCUGCACCCAGCCUGGCCACCAGCCCUGCCCUGGGCCACCUGGAGUCCACACCGAAGUCCCUGCACCCCUGGUACGGCAUCACCCCUACCAGCAGCCCGAAGACAAAGAAGCGCCCUGCCCCCCGCGCUCCCAGCGCAUCCCCACUGGCUCUCCACGCCUCCCGCCUCUCGCACUCGGAGCCGCCCUCAGCCACACCAUCGCCAGCGCUCAGUGUGGAGAGCCUGUCAUCCGAGAGCUCCAGCCAGAUUGCAGGUGGGGAGCUUCUGGAGCCGCCAGCUGUGCCCAAGAGCUCCUCAGAGCCUGCUGUCCAUGCCCCUGGCACCCCUGGAAACCCUGUCGGCCUCUCUACCAACUCCUCUCUGGCGUCCUCUGGGGAGCUAGUGGAGCCUAGAGUGGAACAAACGCCUCAAGCCAGCCCUGGCCUUGCCCCUAGGACCAGGGGCAGCCCAGGUCCCCAGCCAGCCAAGCCCUGCAGUGGCGCCACCCCAACACCUCUCUUGUUGGUUGGAGACAGGAGCCCCGUGCCUUCCCCUGGAAGCUCGUCCCCACAGCUGCAGGUAAAGUCCUCCUGCAAGGAGAAUCCUUUUAACCGGAAGCCAUCGCCUGCAGCGUCCCCAGUCACAAAGAAGGCCACCAAGGGUUCUAAGCCUGUGAGGCCACCUGCCCCAGGACACGGCUUCCCACUCAUCAAACGCAAGGUCCAAGCUGACCAGUACAUCCCCGAGGAGGACAUCCACGGAGAGAUGGACACCAUUGAGCGCCGGCUGGAUGCCCUGGAGCACCGUGGGGUGCUGCUGGAGGAGAAGCUGCGUGGCGGCCUGAAUGAGGGCCGUGAGGAUGACAUGCUGGUGGACUGGUUCAAGCUCAUCCACGAGAAGCACCUACUGGUGCGGCGAGAGUCCGAGCUCAUCUAUGUCUUCAAGCAGCAGAACCUGGAGCAGCGCCAGGCUGAUGUCGAGUAUGAGCUCCGGUGCCUCCUCAAUAAGCCAGAAAAGGACUGGACGGAGGAGGACCGGGCCCGGGAGAAGGUGCUGAUGCAGGAGCUUGUGACCCUCAUUGAGCAGCGCAACGCUAUCGUCAACUGCCUGGAUGAGGACCGGCAGAGGGUCCUGCUCUUCCAGGCAGGCCAGGAAGUGGCGCUGGGCCGCACUGGCUUCUUCCUGCCCCAGCCCUGGCUCUGA